GAAGACGGGGACGGGCAGGCCAUAGACCGACACCGACACCGACACCGACACCGAUCACCAAUUGAAUGAAACCCAGUUCGAAAGUCCAGUCCAGUCCAACCUGCGCGAGGCGCGUUCCCCGAAAAUGACCGAACACAGCGACCAGACCCAGACCAGCAAGACGGCGCCGGAUCUUCAGAUCCUCGGCGAUCAGAUCACCCUUCAGCCAAGCGGCUACCUCGAACCCCCGUCAAAGGACAAGGAGGAGCCUCUCAUGAAGAACAUGGCUCGCUUCCGUUCCGAACCUCUCCAGUUCCUUCGCGAUGUCUCGCUCUACGUCUCGGGCACGGGCUGGCGCGCCUACGACAACUUCAUCGGCCAGCCCAUCUUCUAUCCCGGGUUCACCGACCACAUGAAAGAGACCGUCCUCUCGUCCCCGCUGUUACUCGACAAAAUCGCCGAACUCGCCGACAAGCGCAUCGCCGUGGAAACAAACGAAGGCUUUUUCGACAGGAAGGACAAAGACUACCUCGUCAAGCGCGCCCAGCGUCGCACCGCCAUCGAGUCGGGCGUCCAAGAACUGGCGGCCAAGAUGGCGGACGACAUGAUAUGCAAGUUCGAGAGCAAGACCUUCAUCCGCUGCGCCUACUACAUCACGAGCCAGCUCCUGCUGCGCGCCUACCACCAGGGCAUCCACGUCUCUAGCGAGGAGGUGCUGCGCCUGCGCAAGGUCGCCGAGGAGGCCCAGCGCAAGAAGCAGAGCAUCGUCUUCCUCCCCUGCCACCGCUCGCACGCCGACUACGUCUCCCUCCAGCUCAUCUGCUACCGCCUGGGCCUGAGCCUGCCCGUCUUCGUCGCGGGCGACAACCUCAACUUCCCCGUCGUGGGCGCCUUCUUGCAGCACGCCGGCGCCAUGUGGAUCCGGAGGUCCUUCGGCGACGACGUCCUCUACACCACCGUCGUGCAGGUGUACAUCGACACCCUGCUCCAGCAGGGCUUCAACUUUGACUGCUUCAUCGAGGGGACGCGGUCCCGGACGGGCAAGCUCCUGCCGCCCAAGUUCGGCAUCCUCAAGUUCGUCCUCGACAGCGUCCUCGCGGGCCGCACCGACGACUGCAUCAUCUGCCCCGUCAGCACGCAGUACGACAAGGUCAUCGAGACGGAAGGCUACGUCACCGAGCUGCUCGGCGUGCCCAAAAAGAAGGAGAACCUGGCCGACUUUUUGACCGGCGGCUCGUCCGUCCUCUCUCUUCGUCUCGGGAGGGUCGACGUCCGUUUCCACGAGCCGUGGAGUCUGCGGAGCUUUAUCGACGGCCAGAUGACCCGCAUCUCCCGGAACCCGCCCCAGGGCCUGAGCCUCGACGUCAAGGACCCGGGGAACCUGGCGCUGCGCCACCGGCUCUUGCGGACGCUCGGGUACCAGGUCCUGGCGGACAUCAAUGCCGUCUCGGUCGUCAUGCCCACCGCGCUGAUCGGCACGGUCCUCCUCACGCUGCGCGGACGCGGCGUGGGCAAAGCCGAGCUGGAGCGGCGCGUGCAGUGGCUCACCGACCGGGUCCGCGCCAAGGGGGGCCGCGUGGCCCACGCGAGCAACACGCCGCUGUCGGAGAUUGUCGAGCGCGGGCUGGAGGUCCUGGGCAGGGACCUGGUCGGCGUGGUGACGGGCCUGCCGGAGCCGACCUACUACGCCGUCGACCGGUUCCAGCUGUCGUUCUACCGCAACAUGACCAUCCACCUGUUCAUCUCCGAGGCCCUCGUCAGCGCCGCCAUGUACACCAAGGUCAAGCAGGGCGGCGGGCCGGCCAUACAGGACAUCGCCCCGGGGGAGCUGACGGACCAGAUCCGGUUCCUCUCGUCGCUCUUCCGCGGGGAGUUCAUAUUCCCCAGCGAAGGCCUGGAGGCGAACAUGGCCAAGAGCCUGCGGGGUCUGGAGGAGGACAAGGUCAUCUACGCGGAACGGGACGCGGACGGCAACGUGGUGAAGAUUGGGUUGUCGCCCCACGAACGGGCGGCUGGACGGGAGAAUUACGACUUUUAUUGCUUUUUGAUUUGGCCUUUUAUCGAGGCUAGCUGGCUCGCUGCCGUGUCUCUGGUGGGACUUGCGCCGCCGCUGGGCGAGACGGGAGAUAUUUGGAUUGAGGUGGCCAAGGCCCAGAGCACCGCGCAACUGCUCGGCAAAACUCUCUACCACCAAGGCGACCUCAGCUACUUCGAAUCCGUCAACAAAGAGACGCUCAAGAACUCGUACCAGCGGUUCGAGGAGGAAGGCAUCGUCCAAGUGGUCCGAUCCAGAGACCCCAAGGUCCCGCCGCGGCUCAGGCUGGCGGCGGACUGGCGGCCGUCGCGCGACCCGGAGACGGGGGCGCUGGUGGCGGCGGGCCGGCUGUGGGACUUUACCGAGAAGAUCGCGUCGAGCCGGCGCGAGGGCAAGAACAGGCGCGACGGCGCGACGGUCAGCACGCGCGUGCUGCGGCUGGCGGACAAGCUCGGCGGGGCGCUGUUCGAGGCGGCCAAGAAGCCGGAUUUGAAGAAGGGGAAGAAGAAGGGGGUUGCGGCGCCGCCUGGACUGGGCGGGGAGGAGGCGGAGCAGUUCCAGAAGACGGCGAAGGAAGGGAGGAGGCGGCGGUCACUAGAACCACGGUCGCAUUUAUAG